AUGACGAUGGAACCGCCGGACGUCGUCCUGUCCCCGGAGCGUCCGGAGCCCAGUGCCAACGCCAGCGCCACCACGACCACGACAGCCCUGCUGCAGCUCCAACAUCGACCGCACGCCCAGACCCCGCCGGCCGCGUUCCAUCUGGCGGCGGCGGCGGCGGGGGGCGGUCAGGGCGCCGGUGGCCAGGGGGCGGGCGGUAGUCGGACCAGCGUCCUGCAGCCGGCCCAGCUGACCAGCAUCGCCGUUCCGACGGCGCUCCUGGCCUCGACCGGCCAGCUGCAGGCCGCCGCUUCCAGCUCCACCUCGCACACUCCGGCGACGCUCGCGCCCUCCAGCGCAUCCAUGUCGAGCGUCACGCAGCCAACACCACCCAUCGAGCGACUAUCGCGGCCAAUGGCCUUCGAUAAGAUGGAAUCGUUGGUGCGAGAGAUGCAAGACCCCGAAGCCGGCGUCCCAGUAAGAAGCCAGAAGCUGUUUCUAACAUCUAUCCCGUCUGCGUUCAUGGGUAAGUCCAUGGCAAUGGUGGGUUUCAUCUGUGUUAAUCGUUCCCGCCCUUGUUUGUCUCCCUCGUUAGGGUACGAUCUGAUCGAGUGGCUGAUGGAGCGACUCAGUAUCGAGGAGUCGGAGGCCCUGAACAUCAGUAACCAGUUGUGCCAGCACGGUUACUUCUUCCCGGUGUCCGACUCGAAGACGCUGAUGGUGAAGGACGACUCGUCGCUGUACCGCUUCCAGACGCCGUACUACUGGCCGUGGCAGCAGAAGGCACCCGACCAGAUCGAGUACGCCAUCUACCUGGCGAAGCGGUCGCUGCGCAACAAGCAGCGGCACGGCCUGGAGGACUACGAGACGGAGGCGCUGGCGAGCCUGCACAAGAACCUGAAGGGCAAGUGGGACUUCAUCAUGAUGCAGGCGGAGGAGCAGGUGCGGCUGGCGAAGGAGCGCAAGAAGGGCGACAAGAUCGUCGGGGACUCGCAGGAGCGCGCCUACUGGCGCGUCCACCGGCCACCACCCGGCCAGUUUACGCCGCUAGAGCCCUGCCCCAUACCGUCCCGCGACCGGCAGGGCAAGCCGCGCAAGCGCACGGUCGAGGACUGGCAGCGGGAGGUGGACAUCCUGAAGGCGUCGCUCGGGCGCAACCGGGUGAAGAUGUCGCAGGCGUGCGAGAGCCUCGCGUCGUACUACGAGACGUUCAGUGAGUACGAUCCGAUGAUGCAGCCGCCGCUGCCAUCGAACCCGUGGGUCACCGAGGACGUGAGCUUCUGGCAGCUGAACAACCCGGUGGUGGAGGUGCCGACCGAGAAGCGCGUCAAGCGCUGGGGCAUCUCCAUCGAGGAGGUCGUCUCCGACCCGACCGGCCUGCAGGAGUUCACGCACUACCUGAAGAAGGAGUACUCGCACGAGAACAUUCGCUUCUGGAUGGCCGUCAACGAUCUGAGACGUUCGUCGCACUCGCAGAUACCGCGCAAGGUGAAGGAAAUCUACGAGGAGUUCCUGGAGCCGGGUGCGCCCUGCGAGAUCAACAUCGACGGCAAAACCAUGGAGAAAGUCCAGCAAGGGCUGAAGAAUCCGUCCCGCUUCGCGUUCGAUUCGGCCGCGGAACACAUCUACAUGCUGCUGCUGAAGAAGGACUGCUACCCGCGGUUCGUGCGCUCGGAGCACUACAAGAGCCUGAUGGCGAACGCGAUCCAGCCGUCGCACAAGAAGCGCUUCUUCGGCUUCGGCGGCGGCGCGAAGAAGAAGGGCUCGACGUCGGCCGCGCCGAACCCGUCGCUGCUGACCCAGCUCUCCACCGGGCAGGGCGCGGGCGGCAACGUCAACAGCCUGUCCAAGCGGCGCGGUAGCGACCGCAGCCUGUCCGGUUCGGCGCACGAGCUGGCCAUCUCCGGCGUGAAGGACUGUACCAAAGUGCCACAUUCUCACAGCCAAAGCAACCUGAGCGACAUUCCGUACAGCGUAUCGAUCUACCGUGGUGAUAUGCCAUCCGGGGUGUACGAGGGUACCUGCGCACCCGUCAGAGGCUGCGAGCGUGGCAGGAAACAGGAGGUGGGUAAAGCCCUCGGAACGACCUUAGAGGUAACACUGGAGGGUGCCGUGUCGGGCGGUGGGACCGCCUGCUCGGUGUGUCCGUGGGAGACGGUGGUCCCGGACAAGCCCGGCACGGAGUCGUCCGUGUCGGUGUCCGUGUGCCCGUGGGACGACAGCGACAUCAAACCGCCGGCGAAGACCGACAGCAGCAAGUUGAAGCAGUUCAGUGAAUCCACGCACGGCGCGACGGAAAUCACGGAGGUGUCCGAGCGGAUGAAGCGGUCGUGUGGACUGCGCCAAAACACGCUGGACAGCGACUUCCACAGCACCAAGCGGCUGGCUCCGGUGGUCACCGAGCAACGGAGGGCUUCCAUGACGAUGGCUCCGAGACUAUCCGAUCUGCAGUUCUGCCUGCGAGCCAACUCGGCGGGCGACGGCGCGACACCACCGGAUACUGCCGGGCCACACCUGUCGUCGUCGUCGUCCGUGCGCGUAUCGCAGGGAUCGCUGUCGACGAGCUUCGAGGAGAAGGAGGAAGGAUCCGAGCCUGCCGGGGGUCUGGUGCCGCCCUGCCCGGAGGCCACCAUCGCUGAGGAGUGCCUCGGUGCGCCCGGAAUGGUCGACGCACCAGGCGAUCCGGCAAGCGAACGCCAUCCGGAGCGGUACCGGCAGGCCUCGGAGGAGGAAGAUUGGAAGCCGGUGGCGCUGGGAGGUGGGGGAAAUCGCGACCAGGACCGCCCCCAGCGCGCACGGCCCCGAGCGUCUCAGCUCGCUACUGCAUCGUCUAUACAGAAUACUACUAUUACUACUACUACUACAACUACUACUACUACUAUUACUUCUGCUAAUAAUACUACCGCUACUACUACUACCACUAUUGAGCCUACUACCGCUUCUAGUUGUACCCAUAAUAGCCAUAGUCUGUCGUACAGCGGUGGGGAAGAUGGAGGCACCGCACAGGUGGCUGCAUGUUCCGCCACCCACACAACCAUGACGCCGAGCGGUUCCGGUGCGCCGGCCUCCGUAGCGGUUGUCGCGAGGCGCCCGCAGUACGACUCCGGAUCGGCCGGCGGAACGCCGAGAAUCAGUGUGAUCUACGCCAACUCGCUCGAGCGCGACGAACCGAACGCUCCGGAGCCGGAGGAGUGGGAAGUGCGGGAGGGGCAGCAGACCGAGCCCGGGACGGCGGCCAGCGUAGCCACGCAAACGAUGGACGUCGGGUCGGUCGGCGGCGGGCAGGCAGACAUGUCGCCGCUCAACGAGGUGGAGGACGAUCACUUCUUCUCGGAGUCGCUCCGGCCGCAGGAACCGUGCGAGUACGAUCUCAUCAGCGGCGAUGGGCUGCUGCCGGGGUGUGUUGCGCCAGCACCAACACCGGCCCCGUCCAUUGCACCGCUGGCCGAGGUCGAGAUGGAUCCGCCGGACGACGAGCCGGAGGAUGGCGAGGAAGAGGUACCACCGCCGGAGCAGGAGGAGUCGACCGAGGCGGCGGUCGUCUACAUCGACGAUCCGUUUCGGCGCCGGAAGCGCAAGGAGCGCACCAAGGAUCGCCCGUCCGAGCUAGAACUGAUACGCGCCCAGAAGAGCGAGGAGGAGAACAGCGAACGGAAGGGCGGUAACGCCGUCUGUCCCUGGGAUGACGAAGACGAAUCGGCUGCGGACGAUGCACCGUACGUCAAGACGUACUCCACGCUCGGCUACCUGUAGGGCCUCCAUUGGAGCCCCCGGGGAAGGCCCGACGGGAGGAUCCAGCCGCGCAGCAACCAUAUCCAGAUGUCACCCCGGAGUUCGUCAAGGAACAACGCUUUCGAGACACAACAGCAGCGGCAACGGGAAACGUGGCACGUUGUCACCACGCGGUGGACUGAGCCAAACUCACCGCAGGGCAGCGUCGUCGAGCCCUUGGUCG